GGUGUUUUGUGGUUUCUCUCUCUCGGGGGUGGAUCGGCGCGCCGGAGGGGGAUUGGAUCGAUCGCCUCAGCUGCAAUGUAGGCGGGCGAUCGCUUGGAUGGAGUCCAAAUUCGUGUCCAAGGCCAAAACAGUUUUCCAGAAUGCUGCGGCCAAGGCGGAGCGCAUGCUGACUGAAAUCAAGGCGGAUUUUGUAUCGGAGUUUUCCUCUCACGCACAAGAUGAGCCGGGAGAGCUUCCUUGGGUCGGGAAAACGGAGCUGGAAAAGGGUCUCGAAGAGGAAUGCCGCAGAAGAAUCCUGGAAGUUUCCAAGAGCUCGGAGUUUCUUUACUGCGAACCGGAUGGGGGAAUGCAAGUUGACAUGGAAUCUGCGAUGCGUAUCUUGGAGCUAGACAAAGACCUUCAGGCUCUGCGUUUUCACUUUGUUCCCAAAGCGAUGAAGGAGAAGGAAUUUUGGAGGCGGUACUUUGCAGCUGUCAGGCGAGUUAAACGGGGUUUAUAUUCGAACGAGACCGUACAUCCCGUUGCUAGCAUUGCCAGAGAGAGUCCCACAAAGGAUCCGGCUGAGGAGGAGGCAUAUAAGAAGGCCGUCACGGUGGCUGCUAUACCUCCAUCUAUUCUUGUGAGACGUCUCGCUUCUGCAACCGAAGUUGGAAGGUGUUUCGAAACUUGCAAGGACUUGGCUUUGUCCGAGAUAACGGAUAAAGACACUAGUGACUGGUCAUCUCUUGUCUCGGGACUAAAGAAGAUCUCUUUACGGGAAAAGGAUAAAAGGACCAAAACGCAAAUUCGGAGUUCUGGAAGGUACCAUUCUUUAUUGUGGUCGCUUUUUGACGCAGAAACUCAACAUCAAGGCAGUUUCAAGAAGUUCUUUAGCCAGCACAAGCUUCCCGAGGAGCUACACGGUGCUCCUCCUGAAAGCUUUGUUUCACAGCUAGCAGAAGUUAUUGCUGGUCUGAAAGUCGAGCACAAGAUGGCAGAGUUUUGGCUAGAGGUCAUAAAAGAGUGCAGGCGACGCUGGGAGGAGGGACAACCAAUUCCUCGCAUGCCAAAGGAUUCUAGCCCCGAUCUAAAUUACUGCCUUCUCUUUCAACAGUUACAAGUAUUGAAUUGCUGCAUUGCAAGGAGGCAUCGGCGAUGUGCUGCCUUGGAUUCUUUGAACGCUCCACAGGAGCGCUUUCCUACAGACUCUGGAAGUGAUAACCCGGAUAUGCACUUCGCCAGACUCAAAGAUGGCCAGGUGGUUCCGAGGUAUUGUGUGGAUCGACGAGCGGAAAAUCUGAUAAUGUUGGAAACUGGCGAGCCAAUAUUCUCUCCCGUUACACAGGAAGGGCCUGUUCUGACUGAAGAAUUGAUCAAAGAAACCGAGGAGCUGGUGCUGCGGACUGGAAGUUUUGGCGCUGGGUGCUCGCAGCUGUUUUCCGACAUGCAAGCGUUCAAGGCUGCUAAUCCCGGAUGUAUCCUGGAAGACUUUGUCCGAUGGUAUUCGCCGCUCGACUGGACAGAAGGAAAUCCGGUAGGAAAGGGCGAUGAGCCAUCGCUUCGGGGCUCCCUCAGCACAAGGAUGAGAAGUGAAGGUAACUUGUGGCAAGAGCUUUGGUUGUCAGCGCGUCCAGUUCCAGCCGUGAUGCAAGCGCCUCUGUUCGACGAAGAACUAGCAGGUGAGAGCACCCUGGAGGCGCUAGAAAAGAUUAGUCCUGGUGAUUUUUUCGAGCAAUUAUUUACAACAGCUGUAAGCGCUGGAUUCGCCAUAGCUGAAGCAAACCCAUCAGCUGCGAAGGAUCCUCUGCAACGAUGUCUUAAGGAAUGCCGGGACUAUAUACUCUCCACAUGUCACAAGCAUAUGGAUUCCGGAACUCUAGAAGAUCUGUGCGAGGUGUAUGAACUUAUGGAGAGGGCGAUCCGAGCACCAUCAGAGGAGCUCGCUGGAAAGGCCGAGUCCAAGACCAUCUUGGCCGAUAUCCGGAAGUUACUGCAAAAGAAGCAGAUCUCGUACGAGGACCAGCACCAGCAGCAUCCUCCCAGCAGCAAUCACCACAAUGCAGUGAGCAGCGUCGUCAAGUUCUUCGAGUCCAAGUUUGAUAGAAAGAACAAACAGGCUCCAAGUCCAAUUGAAGGCGAAGAGAAGAAGCUGUGCUCCACCGAGAGUGGCGACUGGACAAUAGUUUGAUGGUACUCUCAGCCAUCCUGUACAUAAAAGAAAGAAAAACCAAAGUGAUACGUCUAAAAUACACACGCC